GCCCCACUCGCUUCGUUCCCGCGGCAGGGCUUCGUCGGGAGCCCGCUGGUCAGGGCUCGGUCGCCGCCACCAGGAAUCCAGGAACCGGGUCGGGGCUCUGGGAUGGCCGUGCUGGGCAGCUGAAAGCCACCCACCCACAGGUUGUGAAGUUGGAACGAACAUUACUAAAAGGAUCGGCAAGUGAGAAGUACUGAAUUCCUGGGGCGGAUCCUACCUGGAGCAAAGUCCUAGAAAGCUUUGGAAGGAGAUUGACAGCUUCUUGUUUCUGUGCCUAAGAUGGACAAGGAAGAAGAGAGUACGCGGGAGAUCCUUCUCCCUGAUUGGCAAGACAGUUCGCAUAGUAUUACCAUCAAAGAGACGGAUGAAGGAGUCUUCGUCAAGCAGAUCCAACAGGACUCGGCAGUUGCCAAGACAGGCAUUGUACAGGAAGGAGACCAGAUUGUGAGCGCCACCAUCUAUUUUGACAACGUGCACUCAGGGGAGGUCUCGGAGCUCCUUAAAAAUGUGGGUCAUCACACGGUGGGCCUGCGGCUACAAAGGAAAGGAGACCGCUCCCCGUUGCCAGGGCAGUCUGGUUCCUAUGAUGUGUUUCCUCCGAGGAGCCCAGAAGUUGUUUUGAGUGGAGAUGAUGAAGAGUACCAGCGGAUUUACACCACGAAAAUUAAACCUCGCCUUAAACCAGAAGAUGGCAUAGAGGUCGAGCAUGCAGGAACUCAAAGCAGGACCAUCACAGUCACCAAAAGAGUCACAGCUUACACUGUUGAUGUUAGCGGCCAUGAAGGUGCCAAAGAGAUUGACAUCAGCAGUCCUGAGUUUAAGAUCAAAAUUCCUAAACAUGAACUUACCCAGAUUUCUAAUGUUGGAAUUGAAUCAGAGCCGGGGAAAACUGUCAUCAAGAUCCCACACAUGGAUUCACCUGGGAGAACCAGCUAUGGAAAAACCUCCCACGAAGGAGGGAAAUUUUAUGACGUGACAUAUUCUGGACCAACUAUUGACUUGCCUUCCCGAAAAUUCGAGGCAGGUGUUCCUGAUACCCUUGUGGGGAAAACUGAUGUCCAAGUCUCCAACAUCAAGGGUAUAGGUUUGAGAGGUCAGACAGACUUCAGCAGCCCUGAAGUCAAUGGGAAAACAGGGGACCGACUGCAAUUUGAUAUCAAAGGUCCUAAAAUUAAAGGGGAAUUGGGAGGGUUGCAAGGCGCAGGGGUAAAAGUCCAUGCCUCAGGCAUUGAAGGCAAGAUGACAAGUCCAGGUCUCGGUGAUGAAAGCAAAGGAUAUGUUACAUUCCCUGCAAUGAAAAUGCCCAAAUUUGGAAUAUCAUCUCCAAGUGCUGACAUUGAAGUUCCUCAACUGGAUGUAACAGCUCCAUCUGUGACAAUCAAAGGCCCAGGAGGAUUUCCAGAAUCAAAGCUGGAUAUAGGUGCAAAAGGACUGGAUUUGAAAGGUGGGGUGAAAUCAAAGAUGGAUUUGGGGGCUCCAGACAUUGGAUUUGAAGAGAGCGAUGACAAAUUUAAAAUACCCCACAUGGAUAGUCCUAAAUUUUCUGUUUUAGGCCCCGCAGCAGAUAUCAAUGUUCCAAAAGGAGGGAUUGAAAUUAGUGGACAGACACCCAAAAUAUCUAUGUCAGAUAUUGACUUGAAUCUUAAAAGUCCCAAAGGAAAAGGAGGUAUACAUAUUUCAGGGCCAAAGAUGGAAGGGGACUUGAAAGGACCUAGUAUGAAUGUUGAGGGCACCAGUGUUGACCUUGGUGGACCAUUCAAAGGUACAAGUAUCUCCAUGCCCUCUAUGAAAACUACCCCAGUCAUAGUUUCUGGGCCAGACGUUGACUUGAAUCUAAAAGGGACAUCAUUAAAGGGUGAUGUGGACAUUUCUGUGCCCAAACUGGAAGGCGACCUGAAGGGCCCGCAGAUUGACAUCAAAGGCCCCAAAGUGGACAUUGCAGCUCCUGGCAUUGGCAUCAAAGGUACCUCUGGUCAACUGAAAGGGCCUCAUAUCAAAACUCCACAAAUCUCCAUUCCAGACAUUGACCUAAAUUUGAAAGGCCCCAAAGUCAAGGGGGACAUGGGUGUUUCCAUACCCAGAAUGGAAGGAGAACUGAAGGGCCCAGCUGUGGACAUCAAGGCUCCGAAAGUAGACAUUGCUGCACCAGAUGUUGACCUCCAUGGCCCUGGACUCAAAAUGCCCAAACUGAAAAUGCCCAAAUUUGACGUGCCCAGUGUGAAAGGUGAAGUUCCUGAUGUGGACAUCAGCCUUCCCCAGGGCAGCCUUGACAUCUCGGGUCCUAAAGUAGAUAUUGCAGCCCCAAGAUUGGAUAUUGAAACACCAAAGAUUUCAGUUCCAGAUUUCGACCUGAGCCUGAAAGGGCCACCAUUAAAGGGUGAUGUGGAUGUUUCUGUGCCCAAAGUAGAAGGCAGCUUGAAGGGCCCACAGAUAGACCUCAAAGGCCCCAAAGUGGGCAUUGCUGCUCCUGACAUCGGCCUCAAAGGUCCUUCAGGUCAACUGAAAGGGCCUCAUAUAAAAACUCCACAAAUCUCCAUUCCAGACAUUGACCUAAAUUUGAAAGGCCCCAAAGUCAAGGGGGACAUGGGUAUUUCCAUACCCAGAGUGGAAGGAGAACUGAAGGGCCCAGCUGUGGACAUCAAGGCUCCGAAAGUAGACAUUGUUGCACCAGAUGUUGACCUCCAUGGCCCUGGACUCAAAAUGCCCAAACUGAAAAUGCCCAAAUUUGGCGUGCCCAGUGUUAAAGGUGAAGUUCCUGAUGUGGACAUCGGUCUUCCCCAGGGCAGCCUUGACAUCUCAGGUCCUAAAGUAGAUAUUGCAGCCCCAAGAUUGGAUAUUGAAGCACCAAAGAUUUCAGUUCCAGAUUUCGACCUGAGCCUGAAAGGGCCACCAUUAAAGGGUGAUGUGGAUGUUUCUGUGCCCAAAGUAGAAGGCAGCUUGAAGGGCCCGCAGAUAGACCUCAAAGGCCCCAAAGUGGACAUUGCAGCUCCUGGCAUCGGCAUCAAAGGUCCUUCAGGUCAACUGAAAGGGCCUCAUAUCAAAACUCCACAAAUUUCCAUUCCAGACAUUGACCUAAAUUUGAAAGGCCCCAAAGUCAAGGGGGACAUGGGUGUUUCCAUACCCAGAAUGGAAGGAGAACUGAAGGGCCCAGCUGUGGACAUUAAGGCUCCGAAAGUAGACAUUGUAGCACCAGAUGUUGACCUCCAUGGCCCUGAACUCAAAAUGCCCAAAUUGAAAAUGCCCAAAUUUGGUGUGCCCAGCGUGAAAGGUGAAGUUCCUGAUGUGGACAUCAGUCUUCCCCAGGGCAGCCUUGACAUCUCAGGCCCUAAAGUAAAUAUUGCAGCCCCAAGAUUGGAUAUUGAAGCACCAGAAGGCAAAAUUAAAGGCCCUAAAGUCAAGAUGCCAGGAUUACAUGUUGAGGCACCAAAGGUUUCUGUUCCAGAUGUUGACCUGAGCCUGAAAGGGCCAUCAUUAGAGGGUGAUGUGGAUGUUUCUGUACCCAAAGUAGAAGGCAGCCUGAAGGGCCCACAGAUAGACGUCAAAGGCCCCAAAGUGGACAUUGUAGCUCCUGGCAUUGGCCUCAAAGGUCCUUCAGGUCAACUGAAAGGGCCUCAUAUCAAAACUCCACAAAUCUCCAUUCCAGACAUUGACCUAAAUUUGAAAGGUCCCAAAAUCAAGGGGGACAUGGGUGUUUCCAUACCCAGAGUGGAAGGAGAACUGAAGGGCCCAGCUGUGGACAUCAAGGCUCCGAAAGUAGACAUUGUAGCACCAGAUGUUGACCUCCAUGGCCCUGGACUCAAAAUGCCCAAAUUGAAAAUGCCCAAAUUUGGCGUGCCCAGCGUUAAAGGUGAAGUUCCUGGUGUGGACAUCGAUCUUCCCCAGGGCAGCCUUGACAUCUCAGGCCCUAAAGUAGAUAUUGCAGCCCCAAGAUUGGAUAUUGAAGCACCAAAGAUUUCAGUUCCAGAUUUUGACCUGAGCCUGAAAGGGCCACCAUUAAAGGGUGAUGUGGAUGUUUCUGUGCCCAAAGUAGAAGGCAGCUUGAAGGGCCCUCAGAUAGACCUCAAAGGCCCCAAAGUGGACAUUGCAGCUCCUGGCAUCGGCAUCAAAGGUCCUUCAGGUCAACUGAAAGGGCCUCAUAUCAAAACUCCACAAAUUUCCAUUCCAGACAUUGACCUAAAUUUGAAAGGCCCCAAAGUCAAGGGGGACAUGGGUGUUUCCAUACCCAGAAUGGAAGGAGAACUGAAGGGCCCAGCUGUGGACAUCAAGGCUCCGAAAGUAGACAUUGUUGCACCAGAUAUUGACCUCCAUGGCCCUGGACUCAAAAUGCCCAAACUGAAAAUGCCCAAAUUUGGCGUGCCCAGCUUGAAAGGCGAAGUUCCUGAUGUGGACAUUGGUGUUACUCAGGGCAGUCUUGAUUUCUCUGGUCCGAAAGUAGAUAUUGCAGCCCCAGGAUGGGACCUUGCAGCACCAGAAGGUAAAAUUAAAGGCCCCAAAGUCAAGAUGCCAGAAAUGCAUGUUAAAGGUCCUAAAAUCUCCAUGCCAGAAACUGAUUUCAAUCUAAAGGGGCCCAAACUCACAGGAGACAUUGAUGUUUCUAUUCCAAAAUUAGAAGGUGACAUAAAAGGUUCAGAAUUUGAUAUCAAAGGUCCAAAAUUAGAUAUUGAAGCUCCAGAUGUUGACCUACAUGGACCAGAAGGAAAGUUGAAAAUGCCCAAAUUCAAGAUGCCCAAAUUUGGAAUGCCCAGCUUUAAAGGGGAAGGUCCAGAUGUGGAUGUAAGCCUCCCUAAAGGAGAUCUUGAUCUUUCUGGUCCAAAGGUUGAACUUGAAGGACCAAGUUUGGACAUUGAAGGCCCAGAAGGAAAACUAAAAGGAUCCAAAUUUAAGAUGCCUGAGUUUAAUAUUCAUGCACCAAAGAUAUCAAUGCCAGAUGUUGAUUUGAAUCUAAAAGGGCCAAAAUGGAAAGGGAAUGCAGACAUUUCUGGACCAAAAAUAGAAGGUGAACUUAAGGGACCCCAGGUUGAUAUUGAAGGUCCUAAACUGGAUGUUGAUGUCCCUGAUUUAGAGCUGGAAGGGCCUGAAGGAAAAAUUAAAGGAUCCAAAUUCAAGAUGCCCAAGUUGAAUAUUAAAGCUCCCAAAAUCUCCAUGCCAGAUGUAGAUCUCAAAGUCCCCAAAAUGAAGGGUGAAAUGGAUGUAACGGUUCCAAAACUAGAAGGAGAUUUGAAAGGACCCAAUCUUGCUGCACCAAAAUUGGAUAUAGAUCUCCCAGAUGUUGAACUCGAAGGCCCAGAAGCCAAGUUGAAGAUACCCAAGAUGAAGUUACCAAAAUUUGGAACACCUGGGUUGAAAGGAGAGGGUCCUGAUGUCAAUGUGAACCUUCCCAAAGGAGAUUUGGAUGUUUCAGGGCCAAAAAUAGAUAUCGAUAUGCCAAGUGUGGACAUUGAAGGCCCAGAAGGAAAACUGAAAGGUCCAAAGUUUAAAAUGCCUGAAAUGCAUUUCAAAACACCCAAAAUCUCCAUGCCAGAUGUUGACUUCAAUUUGAAAGGUCCAAAAGUGAAAGGUGAUAUGGAUGUUUCUAUUCCAACAUUAGAAGGAGAAUUCAAGGGACCCAGCGUUGAUAUCAAGAGGCCUACAGUAGAGCUAAGUGGUCCAGACGUUGAUCUCCAGAGUGAGGGGAAACUAAAAAUGCCAAAAUUGAAGAUGCCAAUUUUUACUGUUUCAGGCCCAAAAUUAGAAGGGCCUGAUGUAGACCUAAGCUUGCCAAAGGGAGAAAUUGACAUCUCAGGUCCAAAGAUAGAUGUGGAAACUCCAGAAUUUGAUAUUGAAGGUCCUGAAGGAAAGCUGAAAGGUUCCAAAUUUAAGAUGCCAAAACUAAAUAUCAAAGCACCGAAGAUCUCCAUGCCUGAUGUAGAUUUGAACAUCAAAGGACCUGGAGCAAGAGGACAGAUGGAUGUAACGGUACCAAAUAUUGAAGGCAAUCUUGAAGGACCUCAGGUUGAUAUAAAGUCUCCUAAACUGGAUGUGGAAGCACCAGACAUUCACUUAGAAUAUCCAGAAGGAAAAGUGAAAGGGCCCAAAUUUAAGAUGCCUGAGAUGCACAUCAAAGCUCCAAAGAUCUCUAUGCCAGAUGUUGAUUUCAACCUGAAAGGUCCAAAGCUGACGGGAGAUGUGGAUGUGUCUGUUCCCAAGUUAGAAGGUGGCCUUAAAGGGCCAGAUGUAGAUAUCAAAGGUCCCAAAAUGGAUGUUGAUGCACCUAACAUUGAACUUCAUGGACCAGAAGGAAAGUUGAAGAUGCCAAAAUUCAAAAUGCCCAAAUUUGGAAUGCACGGCUUCAAGGGAGAAGGCCCAGAUGUGGAUGUAAGCCUCCCUAAAGGAGAUCUUGAUCUUUCUGGUCCAAAAGUGGAACUUGAAGGACCAAGUUUGGACAUUGAAGGCCCAGAAGGAAAAGUGAAAGGGUCUAAAUUCAAGAUGCCUGAAAUGCACUUCAAGACGCCAAAGAUCUCUAUGCCAGAUGUUGAUUUCAAUCUGAAAGGUCCAAAGCUGAAGGGAGAUGUGGAUGUUUCUGUUCCAAAGCUAGAAGGUCCAGAUGUGGAUAUCAAAGGUCCCAAAUUGGAUAUUGAUGCACCAGAUGUAGAAAUUGAAGGUCCUGAAGGGAAGUGGAAAAGUCCCAAGUUUAAGAUGCCUGAAAUGCACAUCAAAGCUCCUAAAAUCUCCAUGCCAGAUGUUGAUCUGAACCUCAAAGGUCCAAAGCUGAAGGGAGAUGUGGAUGUUUCUGUCCCAAAGCUUGAAGGUCCAGAUGUGGAUAUCAAGGGUCCCAAAGUGGACAUUGAUGCACCUAACGUUGAACUUCAUGGACCAGAAGGAAAGCUGAAGAUGCCCAAAUUCAAAAUGCCCAAAUUUGGAAUGCCCAGCUUCAAAGGGGAAGGUCCAGAUGUGGAUGUAAGCCUCCCUAAAGGAGAUCUUGAUCUUUCUGGUCCAAAAGUGGAACUUGAAGGACCAAGUUUGGACAUUGAAGGCCCAGAAGGAAAAGUGAAAGGGCCCAAAUUUAAGAUGCCUGAUAUGCACUUCAAGACCCCAAAGAUCUCUAUGCCAGAUGUUGAUUUCAACCUGAAAGGUCCAAAGCUGAAGGGAGAUGUGGAUGUGUCUGUUCCCAAGCUAGAAGGUGACCUUAAAGGGCCAGAUAUAGAUAUUAAAGGGCCCAAAGUGGACAUUGAUGCACCUGAUGUUGAACUUCAUGGACCAGAAGGAAAGUUGAAGAUGCCAAAAUUCAAAAUGCCCAAAUUUGGAAUGCACGGCUUCAAGGGAGAAGGUCCAGAUGUGGAUGUAAGCCUCCCUAAAGGAGAUCUUGAUCUUUCUGGUCCAAAAGUGGAACUUGAAGGACCAAGUUUGGACAUUGAAGGCCCAGAAGGAAAAGUGAAAGGGUCCAAAUUCAAGAUGCCUGAUAUGCACUUCAAGACCCCAAAGAUCUCUAUGCCAGAUGUUGAUUUCAAUCUGAAAGGUCCAAAGCUGAAGGGAGAUGUGGAUGUUUCUGUUCCAAAGCUAGAAAGUCCAGAUGUGGAUAUCAAAGGUCCCAAAUUGGAUAUUGAUGCACCAGAUGUAGAAAUUGAAGGUCCUGAAGGGAAGUGGAAAAGCCCCAAGUUUAAGAUGCCUGAAAUGCACAUCAAAGCUCCUAAAAUCUCCAUGCCAGAUGUUGAUCUGAACCUCAAAGGUCCAAAGCUGAAGGGAGAUGUGGAUGUUUCUGUCCCAAAGCUUGAAGGUCCAGAUGUGGAUAUCAAGGGUCCCAAAGUGGACAUUGAUGCACCUAACGUUGAACUUCAUGGACCAGAAGGAAAGUUGAAGAUGCCAAAAUUUAAAAUGCCCAAAUUUGGAAUGCCCACCUUCAGAGGGGAAGGUCCAGAUGUGGAUGUAAGCCUCCCUAAAGGAGAUCUUGAUCUUUCUGGUCCAAAAGUGGAACUUGAAGGACCAAGUUUGGACAUUGAAGGCCCAGAAGGAAAAGUGAAAGGGCCCAAAUUUAAGAUGCCUGAUAUGCACUUCAAGACCCCAAAGAUCUCUAUGCCAGAUGUUGAUUUCAACCUGAAAGGUCCAAAGCUGAAGGGAGAUGUGGAUGUGUCUGUUCCCAAGCUAGAAGGUGAACUUAAAGGGCCAGAUAUAGAUAUCAAAGGGCCCAAAGUGGACAUUGAUGCACCUGAUGUUGAACUUCAUGGACCAGAAGGAAAGUUGAAGAUGCCCAAAUUAAAAAUGCCCAAAUUUGGAAUGCCCGGCUUCAAAGGUGAAGGUCCAGAUGUGGAUGUAAGCCUCCCUAAAGGAGAUCUUGAUCUUUCUGGUCCAAAAGUGGAACUUGAAGGACCAAGUUUGGACAUUGAAGGCCCAGAAGGAAAAGUGAAAGGCCCCAAAUUUAAGAUGCCUGAUAUGCACUUCAAGACGCCAAAGAUCUCUAUGCCAGAUGUUGAUUUCAAUCUGAAAGGUCCAAAGUUGAAGGGAGAUAUGGAUGUUUCUGUUCCAAAGCUGGAAGCUCCAGAUGUGGAUAUCAAGGGUCCCAGAUUGGAUAUUGAUGCACCAGAUGUAGAAAUUGAAGGUCCUGAAGGAAAGUGGAAAAGUCCCAAGCUUAAGAUGCCUGAAAUGCACAUCAAAGCUCCCAAAAUCUCCAUGCCAGACUUUGACUUGAACCUCAAAGGUCCAAAAGUGAAAGGAGAUGUAGAUGUGUCUGUUCCUAAGCUAGAAGGUGACCUUAAAGGGCCAGAUAUAGAUAUCAAAGGGCCCAAAGUAGACAUUGAUGCACCUGAUGUUGAACUUCAUGGACCAGAAGGAAAGUUAAAAAUGCCCAAAUUCAAAAUGCCCAAAUUUGGAAUGCCCAGCUUCAAAGGGGAAGGUCCAGAUGUGGAUGUAAGCCUCCCUAAAGGAGAGCUUGAUCUUUCUGGUCCAAAAGUGGAACUUGAAGGACCAAGUCUGGAUAUUGAAGGCCCAGAGGGAAAAUUGAAAGGGUCCAAAUUUAAAAUGCCUGAAAUGCACUUCAAGACCCCAAAGAUCUCAAUGCCCGACAUUGAUCUGAAUCUCAAAGGUCCAAAAGUGAAAGGAGAUGUAGAUGUGUCUGUUCCCAAACUGGAAGGUCCAGAUGUGGAUAUCAGAGGUCCCAAAUUGGACAUUGAUGCACCCAAUGUAGAAUUUGAAGGUCCUGAAGGGAAGUGGAAAAGUCCCAGGUUUAAGAUGCCCGAAAUGAACAUCAAAGCUCCCAAAAUCUCCAUGCCAGACUUUGAUUUGAACCUCAAAGGUCCAAAAGUGAAAGGAGAUGUGGAUGUCUCCGUACCAACCUUGGAAGGUAAUCUGAAGGGCCCUGACAUUGACAUCAAAGGGCCUAAGCUUGAUGUGGAUGCUCCAGAUGUUGAUCUUGAAGGCCCAGAAGGGAAGUGGAAAGGACCCAAAUUUAAAAUGCCUGAAAUGAACAUCAAAGCUCCCAAAAUAUCCAUGCCAGACUUUGAUCUGAACCUCAAAGGUCCAAAAGUGAAAGGAGAUGUGGAUGUUUCUGUGCCCAAGAUAGAAGGUGGCCUGAAAGGCCCUGAUGUGGACAUCAAAGGGCCCAAAGUUGGUGUUGAUCUUCCUGAAGUUGACCUUGAAGGGCCCGAAGGAAAACUCAAAGGUCCUAAGUUUAAGAUGCCUGAAAUGCAUUUUAAUGUUCCUAAAAUCUCUAUGCCUGAUAUAGAUUUGAACUGGAGGAAGCCUAAAGUAGAAGCCGAUGUCUCUAUACCAACGGUGGAGGGGGAUUUGAAAGGCCCAAGUGUGGACAUCAAAGGUCCCAAACUAGGUAUUGAUGUCCCUGAGGUUGACGUAGAAGGACCAGAAGGGAAAUGGAAAGGGCCCAAAUUUAAGAUGCCUGAAAUGAACAUCAAAGCUCCCAAAAUUUCCAUGCCAGAUUUUGAUUUAAACCUGAAAGGUCCUAAAAUGAAGGGAGAUGUGGAUAUUUCUGUGCCAAAGCUAGAGGGGGAUGUUAAGGGGCCAGAACUCGAUAUUAAAGCACCCCAAUUAGAUAUUAAUGCCCCUGAUAUAAGUGUGGAAGUACCAGAGGGAAAGAUAAAAGGUCCUAAAUUUAAUAUGCCCGAAAUGCACAUCAAAGCUCCAAAGAUCUCCAUGCCAGAUUUUGACUUGAACCUCAAAGGUCCAAAACUGAAGGGAGAUGUUGAUGUCUCUGUUCCCAAACUGGAAGGUCCAGAUGUGGAUAUCAGGGGUCCCAAAUUGGACAUUGAUGCACCCGAUGUAGAAAUUGAAGGUCCUGAAGGGAAGUGGAAAAGUCCCAAGUUUAAGAUGCCCGAAAUGAACAUCAAAGCUCCCAAAAUCUCUAUGCCAGACUUUGAUUUGAACCUCAAAGGCCCAAAACUGAAGGGAGAUGUUGAUGUCUCUGUUCCCAAACUGGAAGGUCCAGAUGUGGAUAUCAGGGGUCCCAAAUUGGACAUUGAUGCACCCGAUGUAGAAAUUGAAGGUCCUGAAGGGAAGUGGAAAAGUCCCAAGUUUAAGAUGCCCGAAAUGAACAUCAAAGCUCCCAAAAUCUCUAUGCCAGACUUUGAUUUGAACCUCAAAGGUCCAAAAGUGAAAGGAGAUGUGGAUGUCUCAGUACCAAGUUUGGAAGGUGAUCUGAAGGGCCCUGACAUUGAUAUCAAAGGGCCCAAACUAGACAUGGAUGUUCCAGAUGUUGAUCUUGAAGGCCCAGAAGGGAAGUGGAAAUUUAAGAUGCCUGAAAUGAACAUCAAAGCUCCCAAAAUCUCCAUGCCAGACUUUGACUUGAAUCUGAAAGGACCGAAAGUGAAAGGAGAUGUGGAUGUUUCAUUGCCAAAGGUUGAAGCCCCUGAUGUGGACAUCAAAGCCCCCAAAGUGGACAUUGACAUGCCCAAUGUUGACGUGCAUGGUCCAGAGGGCAAAAUCAAGCUGCCCAAAUUUAAAAUGCCCAGGUUUGGGGUUCCUGGAUUUAAAGGAGAAGGUCCUUCAGUGGAUGUGACCAUACCCAAGGGAGAAAUGGAUAUAUCUGGUCCCAAACUAGAUAUUGAAACACCUGAUCUGGAAAUCGAACCCCCAGAAGGAAAACUGAAAGGCCCCAAAGUGAAGAUGCCGGAAAUGCAUUUUAACGUCCCCAAAAUCUCAAUCCCAGAUAUUGAUUUGAAUUUAAAAGGCCCAAAACUCAAAGGAGAUGUAGGAGGUGACCUUAAAGGACCUGAAAUUGCAUUGAAAGGACCUGAUGUUGAACUGGAGGCACCAAAAGUAGACAUUGAAGCAAAACCAAAGAAAUCAAGAUUUAAACUUCCCAAGUUCAAUUUUUCUGGCCCCAAACUUCACACACCUGAAGUUGACGUGAAGGUUAAGAAACCAGAUGUUGAUAUCUCCGGACCAAAAGUGGGUGUUCAGAGUCCGGAGGUGGAUAUCCAAGGAAAAGCAAAAGGUCCUAAAUUUAAAAUGCCGUCAUUGAAUAUUUCCUCCCCUAAGGUCUUUAUGCCAGAUGUGGAAUUAAAUUUGAAAGGGUCUAAAUUAAAAGGAGACCUGAAUGUUUCUGUGCCAAGCUUGGAAGGAGAUUUGAAAGCCCCUGAAAUUGACGUCAAAGGCCCCAAGAUGGAAGUCGGUACACCAGAAGUUGAUCUUCAUGGCCCUGAAGGCAAACUCAAAAUGCCGAAGUUUAAGAUGCCCAAAUUUGGAACCCCAGGCAUCAAAGCAGAAGCUCCUGAUGUGGACGUAACCCUUCCCAAAGCUGACCUUGACUUGUCGGGCCCCAAAGUGGACAUUGAAACUCCUGACCUAGAAGGGCCAGAGGGGAAGCUGAAAGGUCCAAGGAUUAAGAUGCCGGAAAUGCACUUCAAAACGCCGAAAAUCUCAAUGCCAGACAUAGACCUGAAUCUGAAAGGCCCAAAAUUGAAGGGAGACAUUGAUGUCUCUGUGCCAAAAUUGGAAGGCGACUUGAAGGGCCCUGAUGUGGAUAUCAAAGGUCCAAAAGUAGAUGUUGACCUUCCAGAUGUUGAUCUUGAAGGCCCAGAAGGAAAACUGAAAGGGCCCAGGUUCAAGAUGCCUGACUUACAUUUUAAAACACCUAAAAUCUCUGCACCAGAUUUUGAUUUGAAUUUGAAAGGCCACAAAAUCAAAGGUGAUAUUGAUAUGAAAGCUCCCACACUGGAAGGUGACUUGAAGGGUCCAGAAAUAGACAUCAAAGGCCCCAAAGUGGACAUUGAUAUACCAGAGGUGGACAUUGAAGGCCCAGAAGGAAAAGUGAAAGGGCCCAAAUUUAAGAUGCCCGACAUGCAUUUUAAGGCUCCCAAAAUUUCCAUGCCAGAUUUUGACUUAAACCUGAAAGGACCCAAAUUAAAAGGAGAUGCAGAUGUGACCUUACCAACAUUGGAAGGUGAUCUAAAGGGACCUGACAUUGACAUCAAAGGGCCCAAGGUAGACAUUGACGUUCCAGAUGUUGAUCUUGAAGGACCUGAAGGGAAGUGGAAAGGACCCAAAUUUAAGAUGCCGGACAUGAACAUCAAAGCACCUAAAAUCUCAAUGCCAGAUGUGGAUUUCAACAUGAAGGGACCUAAACUCAAGGGAGAUUUGGAUGUCUCAGGCCCAGGACUGCAAGGAGACCUUAGAGGACCAGAAAUUGACAUCAAAGGUCCAAAGCUGGACGUUGAUGUCCCAGAUGUUGACCUACAUGGACCAGAAGGAAAGUUGAAGAUGCCCAAAUUCAAAAUGCCCAAAUUUGGCAUGCCCGGCUUCAAAGGGGAAGGUCCAGAUGUGGAUGUAAGCCUCCCUAAAGGAGAUCUUGAUCUUUCUGGUCCAAAAGUGGAACUUGAAGGACCAAGUUUGGACAUUGAAGGCCCAGAAGGAAAAGUGAAAGGGCCCAAAUUUAAGAUGCCUGAAAUGCACUUCAAGACCCCAAAGAUCUCAAUGCCCGACAUUGAUCUGAACCUCAAAGGUCCAAAACUGAAGGGAGAUGUUGAUGUUUCCGUUCCAAAGCUAGAAGGUCCAGAUGUGGAUAUCAAGGGUCCCAAAUUGGACAUUGAUGCACCCGAUGUAGAAUUUGAAGGUCCUGAAGGGAAGUGGAAAAGUCCCAAGUUUAAGAUGCCCGAAAUGCACAUCAAAGCUCCCAAAAUCUCCAUGCCAGACUUUGACUUGAACCUCAAAGGUCCAAAAGUGAAAGGAGAUGUAGAUGUCUCCGUACCAACCUUGGAAGGUGAUCUGAAGGGCCCCAACAUUGACAUCAAAGGGCCCAAUCUAGAUGUGGAUGUUCCAGAUGUUGAUCUUGAAGGCCCAGAAGGGAAGUGGAAAGGACCCAAAUUUAAAAUGCCAGAAAUGCAUUUUAAGACUCCUAAAAUGUCCAUGCCAGAUGUGGAUGUAAACCUAAAAGCUCCCAAACUGAAAGGAGACCUGAAUGUCUCAGUUCCAGAGGGUGAUUUGAAAGGCCCAGAAAUUGACAUCAAAGGUCCAAAGCUAGAUAUUGAUGCUCCAGAUGUCGACCUACAUGGUCCAGAAGGAAAACUCAAAAUGCCAAAGUUCAAGAUGCCCAAGUUUGGCAUCCCGAGCUUCAAAGGGGAAGGCCCAGAUGUGGAUGUAAGCCUCCCAAAAGCAGACCUUGAUAUUUCUGUCCCCAAAGUUGAACUGGAAGCACCAUGUAUGGACAUUCAAGGCCCAGAGGGAAAAGUGAAAGGGUCCAAAUUUAAGAUGCCUGAAAUGCACUUCAAGACCCCAAAGAUCUCAAUGCCCGAUAUUGAUCUGAACCUCAAAGGUCCAAAACUGAAGGGAGAUGUAGAUGUGUCUGUUCCCAAACUGGAAGGUGACCUAAAAGGGCCAGAUGUGGAUAUCAGAGGUCCCACACUGGACAUUGAUGCACCUGAUGUUGAACUUCAUGGACCAGAAGGAAAGUUGAAGAUGCCCAAAUUCAAGAUGCCCAAAUUCGGAAUGUCUGGCUUCAAAGGGGAAGGGCCAGAAAUAGACGUAAGCCUCCCCAAAGGAGAUCUUGAUCUUUCUGUCCCAAAAGUUGAACUUGAAGCUCCAUGUUUGGACAUUGAAGGCCCAGAAGGAAAAGUGAAAGGUCCCAAGUUUAAGAUGCCUGAGAUGCACUUCAAGACCCCAAAGAUCUCAAUGCCCGACAUUGAUCUGAAUCUCAAAGGUCCAAAACUGAAAGGAGAUGUGGAUGUUUCCGUUCCAAAGCUAGAAGGUCCAGAUGUGGAUAUCAAGGGUCCCAGAUUGGACAUUGAUGCACCAGAUGUAGAAAUUGAAGGUCCUGAAGGGAAGUGGAAAAGUCCCAAGUUUAAGAUGCCCGAAAUGAACAUCAAAGCUCCCAAAAUCUCCAUGCCAGACUUUGACUUGAACCUCAAAGGUCCAAAAGUGAAAGGAGAUGUGGAUGUUUCUGUCCCAAAGAUGGAAGGUGACCUGAGAGGUCCAGAAAUAGACAUUAACGUUCCUCAGAUAAAUCCUCCUGACAUUGAUAUUAGAGGACCUGAAGGCAAAAUGAAAGGCCCUAAAUUUCAGAUGCCUGAAUUUAACAUCAAGGCCCCCAAAAUGUCCAUGCCAGAUGUGGACUUCAACCUCAGAGGCCCUAAACUGAAAGGAGAUGUCAAUCUGGAAGUAUCUGCUCCCAACCUAGAUGCUGAUUUGAAGGGGCCAGAUCUUGAUAUCAAGGGCCCUCAACUGGAUGCCUCCAUACCUGAUGUGGAUUUGCAAUGUCCUGAGGGAAAACUCAAAGGUCCCAAGUUUAAGAUGCCCGAAAUGAACAUCAAAGCUCCCAAGAUCUCCAUGCCAGACUUUGAUUUGAACCUCAAAGGUCCCAGAAUGAAAGGAGAUGUGGAUAUUUCUGUGCCUACGUUGGAGGCUGACCUGAAGGCUCCUGACGUUGACAUCAGAGGUCCCAAAGUAGACAUCGAAGUUGGAGGUCCAGAAGGAAGUUGGAAAGGCCCCAAAAUUAAGAUGCCUGAAAUGCAGAUGAAAGGCCCUCAAAUCUCUAUGCCUGAUGUACAGCUUGGUCUGAAAGGCGAUGUCAGCGGACGAAAACUCGGAGGAGAUUUCAAAGGUCCUGAAAUUGACAUUGCGGCUCCCACUGUUGAUAUCCACGGUCCAGAUGGAAAAGUAAAAUUACCCAAGAUGAAGCUUCCUAAAUUUGGCAUCCCCGAGUUCAAAGGAGAAGGACCUCAGUUGGACGCCAACCUACCCGAAGGAGAGUUGAAAGUAUCUGGUGCCGAUGUGAAAAUCGCAGCUCCAGGUUUGGACAUCAAAGGACCAGAAGGACAAUGGAAGGGCCCUGGGGUGAAAAUGCCAGAAAUGCAUUUCAAAACCCCUCAGAUCUCCAUGCCAGAAAUUGACUUAAAUCUGAACAGUCACAAGGUGAAGGGGGAUGUGGAUGUCUCUGUUCCAGGAAUGGCCAUCCAAGGACCAGGAAUUGAAGCAAAAGGUCCAGAGAUUGACUUGGAAUGUCCGGAUGUGAAUGCCGAAGGGCCAGAGGGCAAUGUGAAACUCCCCAGAUUUAAGAUGCCAAAAUUUGGGUUUGGAGCAAAGAGCCCCAAGGCUGAGGUGAAGUCCCCCACUGUGGACGUGUCUCUUCCUGAAGCUGAGCUGAACAUCGAGUCGCCAGAUGUUGCCAUUUCUGCCAAAGGGAAGAAAAGCAAGUUCAAAAUGCCCAAAAUCCACAUGAGUGGAGGCAAAGUCAAAGGCAAGAAGGGUGGUUUUGAUGUGAGUGGAGAAAUAGACGCCAAUGUGAAAUCGCCAGAUUUGGAAGGAAGCCUCUCGGUCCCAGAAGCAUCCCUCAAAGCGGAUGCCAACAUCAAAUCCCCCAAGGGAAAGAAACCAGUAUUUGGAAAACUCUCGUUUCCUGAUGUUGAGUUUGAUAUCAAAUCACCCAUGUUCAAGGCUGAUGCUUCUAUGCCUAAGGUGGAAGGAGAGGUCAAGAUGCCGGGAAUAGAUGUGACGUCACCCAGUCUGAAGUCGCCCAGUCUUGAAGCUUCCAUUCCCAGUGGAAGCGUCAACAUUGGAGGUCCCAAUCUUAAGGGUCCUGAGUUCAAGCUCUCAGGUGAAAGCAUUGGCCUGACGGGUCCUAAAUUGGAAGGAGAUGUGAGAAUCCCCAGCGCUGAGGUCAACCUCGCCACUCCUGACAUCAACCUGAAAGGUCCAUCAGUCAACGUACCCUCCGUGGAUGUUUCCGCACCUUCCUUCUCUGCCCCAGGUGUCGAUGUUCAUUUGAAAGGACCAAAGCUGAAAGGUGAUGUCGAUCUCCCAAGUGCUGAGAUCCAAGGUCCAGGAGGGAAGCUGAAAUUCCCCAAGUUCAGCUUGCCAAAAUUUGGGAAGCCUGGAGUCAACCUGGAAGGGCCAGACGUCGACAUUCAAGGACAGUUGCCCUCUGCACACCUUGACGUCUCUUCCCCGGGAAUUGGAGGAGAGGCAAGCAUUCCUGAAAUGGACAUGAGCCUGAAAGGACCAAAGCUAGGGAAAGACCUGGGUUUUUCUGGUGAGAUUAAAGCUCCGAAGAUGGACGUGGGCAUGCCAGAUGUUGGUGUCAGUGGAUUUGAAGGGAAGUUUCAGAUGCAAAAGCCUUCGGGUCUAGACGUCCAUCUAACAGCUCCAGAUGUUGACAUGAGAGGGCCGAAAGUGAAGAUGACUUCGGAAGGAGGCCUCUCUGUACCUGAGGUGGACAUCAAUCUGAAAGGACCAAAGAUCAAAGGAGAUCUCGGCGUUUCUGGUAGCAUGACAUCCCCCCAAGUGGAAGGCUCUGGAGGCGGAGUUAAACUUCCCUGCAUGAAACUUCCGCAGUUUGCCAUCGCUGGUGAAGGGGGCGGCAUUUCAGGACCACAGAUCAAAGGACCUGAAGUUGACUUUGAUUUGAACAUGAAAGGACCAAGUUUGAAAGGAGACACCCAGUUUGCUACUGACUUGAAAGGUCAACACGGUGGACUGGAAAUGCCAGGCAUGAAGAUUUCUGGCCUGGACUUGGACACUGGGACCCCGGAUAUCUGCCUGAGAGGACCUUCCCUCAAUGUCUCAGGUCCAAAAGUUUCCGGGCCAGACUUUGAGGUCAAUCUGAAAGGGCCCAAGGCCAAAGCGCCGGAGAUACCCAUGGGCGCCAAAGGGACAGGGGACCUUCGCUUUUCUGGACCAAAGAUAGGGGGUGAUCUCAGCGAUCCCAAAUUAUGUCUCAAAGGUCCUUCUUUUGGGAUGGAGGCUCCACAAGGCCAUGUAGAAAGUUCAACUGGCAAGGUGUCCUUCCCUAAAAUGAAAAUCCCGAAAUUUGUGGUGGCAGGGCAGGAACCAGUGGGAAGGGAAGUCGGGGUCGAUGUCGAGUUUCCUCACCCACCCCAAGCAAGUCUCCACGAUGAGGCAGUAACAGUUGAGUUGGAAGAACCUGACCUGAAACUGAAGAAAUCUAAAAUCAAAAUGCCCAAGUUUGGCUUCUCCAAACCCAAAGCCAAAGGAAGUGUGGGCUCUCCAGAAAUCUCAACAUCUGGGGCCGGGGUUGAAGGAGAGCUCAAAGCAAGUUUAGGGUCCUUAGAAGGUGAGGUGGAAGUAGGGGAAGCAGCCGCCUCGCCCAAAGGAAAAUUCUCCUUCUUUAAGACCAAAAAGUCCCGGCACCGGUCGUCCUCCUUUAGUGACGAGCACUCCUCGCACUCCACCCCGACCGGCACGCUGGAGCAUGAAGGAGACAAAGGCAAGCAUGCCAAGCUCAAAUUUGGCACAUUUGGCGGGAUCGGGUCAAAAAGCAAAGGGUCGUACGAGGUCACGGGAAGUGACGACGAGGCAGGGAGAACCCAAGGCAGCGGCGCCUCCCUCGAGUCCAAAAAAUCGCGGCUCUCUUCGUCCUCCAGUAACGAAAGCGGGACGAAAGCUGGCUUCCGAGUGCCGGUGGUGGAAUUGACGGUGGCGAAAAAGAAAGAGUAGUCCAGGAAAACGCAUAUGUACAUAACACCCCUUCCUGUACAUAAGGUCCCUCUCACCCCAUUGCGCUCUCCUUCUCCCUCUGUAUAUAUAUAUAUAUAUAUUUUCCCUUCCGGCUUCAAAUACUUUGCAAUGAAACAGGUGAUCUACAGUGAAAUACUAGGGUUUUGAGAGCAAAGUGAUUCCUGUUUUACUGUGAAUAGGGGCAGGUUCCACUCAAAGAUUUCUAUCUUCCCGAGAUCUAAAUCAAUUCCAAACUGAUACAGCAGGGGGCAUUUGCGGUGGUCCAGGGCGGAAGGCGAACAAUUUUAAUGUAUCAUCGGCACGUUUUUUCACGGCGAGGCCACGACACGCAGCAUUAUAGAGCCUGCCAGAAAUUUCUGACCCUUUUGCUGGGGUCAUGAAUAUCUCCUAAAUUCUUCCCAAAGUGGUCUUUGGGGGAAUUGCGCUGAGAAUAUCCGCCUUUCUUUCUUUUUUUUAAAAAAGGAAAA